GCAACGCUGCGUUCUACAGCUCGCGUUCCCAUGAGUGUACGCAUGCGCAGUCUGAAUCUUCGAGCGGAAGAAGCCAAUGUUUUGGUUUUGAGUCUCGUCCACAUGCAUGGCUACGUUGACUGUCACUGUCAUAUCUCUGCGGGGGAUUUUGACAAGGACAUCGAUGAGGUGAUCGAGAGUUCAAAGAAGGCUGGGUUGUUGGCGCUGUUAGCCGUGGCCGAGCAUGCUGGGGAAUUUGACAAGAUUAUUGAUUUGUCGCAGAGGUUUCCAGGUUUUAUUUUUCCGUGCUUAGGAGUCCAUCCUGUUCAGCAGGUGUCCCCAGAACAGCAGAGGGGGGCUUCUCUCCAGGAUCUAGAUGCUGCUCUGCCCAUAAUAGAAAAAUACAAAGACCACCUUGUGGCUAUUGGAGAGGUGGGUUUGGAUUUUACUCCCAGGUAUGUCAGCAGUGAUGGUGACAAAGACAGCCAACGGCAGGUCCUCAUUCGUCAGGCUCAGAUAGCCAAGGAACUGGAUCUCCCUCUAAAUGUCCAUUCACGGUCUGCAGGACGACCCACCAUCCACCUCCUGCAGGAGCAAGGGGUCAAAAAUGCCCUGCUUCAUGCUUUCGAUGGGAAACCGUCUGUUGCCAUGGAGGGGGUAAAGGCUGGAUAUUUCUUUUCUAUCCCACCCUCCAUAAUACGGAGUGAGCAGAAGCAGAAACUUGUGAAACAGCUGCCCUUAGAGAACAUCUGUCUAGAAACCGACUCGCCCGCUCUCGGUCCAGAAAAGCAGGUGAGAAAUGAGCCCCAUAACAUCAGUAUUUCUGCUGAGUACAUCAGUAAGGUCAAAGGAGUGUCGCUGCAGACGGUGGUGGAGGUGACCACACAGAACGCUCUCCGACUCUUUCCAAAGCUAAAGUCUGCCAUCAGAGCCUGACAAAGCUUCAGAAGUUUCCUUCAUCAUAUGUCCAACUUAAUGUGGAAGUGGGAUCGAACCAUGAUGCCCUGAAGCUACCUAUCAGAAGCUAAAACGCCUUUAUGUGGCCUGUAUACGUGUAACUGAGUGCUUAUUCUUAAACAAAGAAAUAUGGGAUAACAAUUUCA